AGAGAACAUAUACGCAUAUCUACCAUUCUCUGUGUGCCCGUCUCUCUCACUCCAUCUCCCAGUCUCUAUCCUCCCUUCUCUGCCUUCUUGACGGACCCACUGCUGACCUCCUCCACUGCUGCUCCCUGCCUGCCUGCCUGACCUGUCCUCAGGCUGAGGAUAACCCUGAGCAUCAUCAGGAAUAGGAGUUUGUCUAAAGAAGGAACAUCUACACUGGUGAAGGAUGCAGCGGAUCCGGGAGGGCAUCCACAUAAGGACCAUGAAGGCCAAAAGGAAAGUGGAGGACAUCUCUAAAGAAGAUGUCCAGGCCUUCUUCAAGAAGCACGCCUUCGUGCUCUUUACUGUAGCUGCCGUCGUUGUAGGUAUAAUCCUAGGCUUUGCACUGCGUCCCUAUAAAAUGACCUACCGAGAGGUGAAGUACUUCUCUUUCCCCGGAGAGCUGCUGAUGAGGAUGCUGCAGAUGCUGGUGCUUCCCCUGCUAGUAUCCAGUCUAAUCACAGGCAUGGCAGCACUGGACAGUAAGGCUUCAGGAAAGAUGGGUAUGCGCGCUGUGGUGUAUUACAUGACCACCACCAUUAUCGCUGUCAUCAUAGGCAUCAUCGUGGUGCUCAUUAUCCACCCUGGGAAAGGAUCUAAGGAUGAGUUCAUGAAACAGUCGAAGAUAGAGGACAUCAGCCCUGCCGACGCCUUCCUGGAUCUCAUCAGAAACAUGUUUCCACCAAACAUGGUCCAGGCCUGCACACAGCAGUUCAAAACCAAAUACGGGAAGCGAAUUGUCCAUGUAACGGUGACAGUGAACGACUCGGUCUUCAACCUGACCAACCUGACUGAGCAGAUUACCCGGGAGGAGGUGAUCCCUAUCCCGGGCACGGUGAACGGAGUCAACGCCCUGGGGCUGGUGGUCUUCUCCAUGUGCUUUGGCCUCAUCAUCGGCAACAUGAAGGAGCAGGGCCAGCCCCUCAGGGAUUUCUUCGACAGCCUCAAUGAGGCUAUCAUGAGACUGGUAGCAAUUAUCAUGUGGUAUGCACCAAUCGGCAUCAUGUUCCUCAUAUCAGGGAAGAUCGUGGAGAUGGAUGACAUCACUGAGAUGGGUGGUCAGCUGGCCAUGUACACCAUCACGGUGAUCAUAGGCCUGUCCAUCCAUGCUUUCAUCAUCCUCCCCGGCCUGUACUUCGCCGUCACACGGCUGAACCCCUUCAUCUUCAUCAUGGGGCUGGUGGAGGCCCUCAUCACAGCCCUGGGAACCUCCUCCAGCUCAGCAACCCUUCCCAUUACCUUCAAGUGUCUGGAGGUGAACAACAAGGUGGAUAAGCGCAUCACGCGGUUUGUGUUGCCGGUCGGCGCAACCAUUAACAUGGAUGGAACAGCACUUUACGAGGCUCUGGCAGCUAUCUUCAUAGCUCAGGUUAACAACAUGGACAUGAACUUAGGUCAGAUCAUUACAAUCAGCAUCACAGCCACUGCAGCAAGUAUUGGAGCUGCUGGGAUACCACAGGCUGGACUGGUCACCAUGGUGAUUGUGUUGACCUCUGUCGGACUUCCCACUGAUGACAUCACCCUCAUCAUUGCAGUUGAUUGGUUCCUUGACCGGCUGCGUACCACAACCAACGUCUUGGGUGACUCCAUUGGGGCUGGCAUUGUGGAAUUCCUAUCUCGACAGGAGCUACAGGCCAAGGAUGUGGAGAUGGGGAACAUUGUGCUGGAGGAGAGGAAAAAACCAUACCAGCUCAUCUCUCAGGAAAACGACCACGAAAACGCCAAACGUCCGAAAACUGAAAGCAAGAUGUAGAUCAACGCUCAAUAGUGCACACAAGCACACGCACGCACAAGCACACGCACACACAAACACGUAAUGUUUUGGUUCAUUCUUGUUUUCAAUCUGUCAUAUUUGUCCAGUUAUUGUCACUCUACCAUAUUUCCUUUCCUUUGUUAUUUUGUCAUUCAUAAAGUUGCCCAAUCAAAUUGCUUACAUCUGCCGCCUCUCUACGAGAUAGAUAGGCCACCUGUUUUAUGGUUUGUCUGGGUAUUUUUGUGUUGAGUUAAGUCAUGGCCUAGAAUAUGUAUAUGGUAUAAUGGUAUAAGUAAUGAGGAAAGUGAUAUGGGUGUUGAUGUCCAAAAGGAAUUUUGUAAAAUUAUGAAAGGACAACCUAUGUUUGAAUGACUGGGCAAGCUUCAUUCUUCAAAAAAAGCAACAGAAAACACAUUUGUAUAUAACUACCUUAAUUUUGGUGGACCCCAGGAAGAGAAGCUGCUGCCAAUAAAUACAAAUACAAUUACAUUUUAUUUGCUACAACUAAUGAAAUGAGGCCCUAUGAGCUGUUUCUGGUGAAAAACAACCAACUUCCUAUCAUGGGUUAAAUAAGCAGUAAUUUAAAUAACAAUCCUCAAGUGGUGUGUAUUUUUUUUUAAAUUUGAUUAACUUUUAUCAUGCUGUCAAUAUUCCUGUUGCAUAUGACAACUUCAAUUGUAUUUUUAUUUUAUUUUGAUUGAUCAAAUUCUUGAAGGUGGUGCUGUGAUGCUGACAAUAUGGUUAAAACGAGAUGUAUCCAACAAUCGUCAUCACUAUAUAUGUAUCCAACAAUUGUUAUCACUAUAUAUUCCCUAUUUUGUAGCCAGCCCUAAGACAAAUGAGUCUUUGAAAUAUCCUUCACUAUUUAGUACAUCAUUAUUUUAACAUAGCAGGUGUUUAAUAUUUUUAAGGCUUUGUAGAGUGAUUGUAUGUCGAUAUAUGUGUAAAUGAACUAUAUAAUAUGGAUAGUUGUUUACGUGAAUAUGUCUUCUUUAAUCUCAAUGCAGAAAGAUAUUUGUUUUCAGGGCCGAAAUGCCACUCCAAUGCCUUGGUUAGUGAAAUCAAGGAACAUAGUUUGUGAUAAUUACAGUAUGUGUGAACUAACUCAAAUGGAUUUAGAAAAUAUGUUAUUUUCUUUCUUUUUUUCUUUAAGUUUUGAGAUAUUAUGGUUCACUUUCUGUAAAGGCAACAUUUGUGGUGAAAAGGAAAUAAAUGGACUGGUAGAUUUGUCUU